GUGAUUGGUCGGGGGAACGCAGCGCUGCAUCAAAGAUGGCUUAUUAUCGACCAACAUUUGGUUUAUUGAGGAACCACGCUGUGGUGGAAUAAAAGACGUCUGGAGAGCCGGUGGUAGCUGUCGCGGGCAGUGUUAGCACUCUCGUCGCACUACGCACCUCUCGCUCUCUGCGCGCGCCUACGUUAACUUGUGCUAGCUAGUUAGCUCCCGUAGUAAAUAUUAGCUCAUUGUAGAUUGGUAAAAUGGCCACCAUGGAGAAACUGAUGAAGGCCUUUGAGUCUCUGAAGUCAUUCCAACAACAGCAGGGGCCGCCAACUGCGGAGGAGCUGGUCCAGAGACAAAAAAAGGAGCAGGCAACCACAAAGAAGGACAGGGUGACCCACUGCCUGACAAUAUGUGAAAACAUUGUGGCUCAGUCGUUGAGAACGUCCCCCGAGUUUCAGAAACUGCUCGGCAUCGCCAUGGAGAUGUUCCUGCUCUGCAGCGACGACAGUGAGUCAGACGUCCGCAUGGUUGCCGACGAGUGCCUGAACAAAAUCAUCAAAGCCCUGAUGGACUCCAACUUGCCUCGACUGCAGCUGGAGCUGUAUAAAGAAAUAAAAAAGAACGGUGCCUCUCGGAGUUUGAGGGCAGCGCUGUGGAGGUUCGCUGAACUUGCCCACCUCAUCAGACCACAGAAAUGCAGGCCCUAUCUGGUCAACCUGUUGCCGUGCCUCACCAGAAUCACCAAACGACAGGAGGAGACGGUGCAGGAGACGCUCGCCGCAGCAAUGCCCAAGAUCAUGAUGGCCUUGGGGCACUUCGCUAACGAUGGAGAGAUCAAGGUGCUGCUCAAAUCAUUUGUGGCCAACCUGAAGUCCAGCUCCCCCACCAUCAGACGGACAGCCGCCAGCUCCGCCGUCAGUGUGUGUCAACACUCCAGACGCGCCAGCUACUUCUACACUUGGCUUCUCAACGUCCUGCUGGGUCUGGUGGUUCCAGUUGAUGAGGAACAUCCCACCCAUCUCAUUCUGGGGGUGCUGUUAACGCUCCGCUACCUAAUGCCGCUGCUGCAGCAGCAGGUGAACACCACCAGCCUCAAAGGAAGCUUUGGAGUCAUGAGAAAAGAGGCGGACGUGCAGCCCACCCCUGAACAGCUUCUCCAGGUGUACGAGCUGACCCUACACUACACACAGCACUGGGAUCACAAUGUGGUCACGGCCUCUCUGGAGCUGCUGCAGCAGGUGUUCAGGACUCCGCCACCGGAGCUUCUGCACAUGCUCAUCACCGCCGGCAGCAUUUCACACGCCACCGUGUUCCGUCAGGACGCAGAGAGCCGCGCACGCUCCGGCAGCAUCCUGGAGCUCAUCGCGGGGGGAGGGUCUUCCUGCAGUCCGCUCCUUCUCAGGAAACAGAGAGGUAAAAUUCUUUCUGGGGAGGAGGAUGGGUUAGAAGAUGAUCCUGAGAGGACGGAGGUCACGACUGGAGCCUUCACAGCCUCGGUCGUCGGCGCAGACGGCUCCUCCGCGGCUCAGGUGGACAUCAUCACCGAGCAGCCCCGCUCCUCCCAGCACACCCUGCAGCCCGGCGACUCGGUGGACCUCAGCGUGUCCUCGGAGCAGGGAGGGGGCGGGACGUCUGCGUCCGGCACCCCGGAGUCGCCCAACGACAACGAGGAGGAGAUGCUGAGCCGCAGCUCCAGCGGCGGAGCCAACGUCACCCCCGAGACGGCGGACUACACCACGCCAGAGAACGCCACCCCGGAGGGAGGGCCGCUGGGGGAAGGCGUCACACUGCUGGGCACCAACGACCGCUCGCUCCCCCCCAGCGACUCCUCCCAGACCACCACGGAGGGCCCGGACUCGGCCGUCACCCCCUCCGACGUGGCAGAGCUGGUCCUGGAUGGCAGUGAGAGCCAAUACUCCGGGAUGCAGAUUGGAACACUACAGGAUGAAGAAGAUGAAGCAACUGCUGCAGCGUCUUCCUCUCAGGAGGAGCCUCCCGAACCAUUCCUGCAGUCAGCACUGGCUUUGAGCAAGCCGCACCUUUUCGAAGGCCGAGGCCACAACCGGCAGGGCUCCGACAGCAGCGUGGACCGCUUCAUACCAAAGGAUGAACAAGCUGAGCCCGAACCGGAAAACAAGCCAUCACGGAUUAAAGGUGCGAUCGGACACUACACCGACCAGGACGUGGAGCCGCUGGUUCACUGCGUCCGGCUUCUCGCCGCUUCCUUUCUGCUGACCGGACAGAAAAACGGUUUGAUUCCUGACAAAGAGGUGCGAGUGAGCGUGAAGGCUUUAGCAGUCAGCUGCGUGGGAGCCGCCGCAGCGCUGCAUCCCGAAGCCUUCUUCAACUCUCUCUACCUGGAGCCGCUGGAUGGCGUCCCAGCCGACGAGCAGCAGUAUAUCAGCGACGUCCUGGGGCUGAUUGAACACGGGGACCCUCAGAUCAGGGGGGCCACAGCCAUCCUCUGCGGGGCCAUCAUACAGGCUGCCCUCAUUAAAACACGCUACAACAUACACACUUGGCUGGCCAGUGUGCAAAGCGCAACAGGUAACCCUCUGUCCCUGGUGGACUUGGUGCCUUUGCUCCGGAAGACUCUAAAAGACGAGUCUUCCGUCACCUGUAAGAUGGCCUGCUCUGCAGUGAGGCACUGCAUCAUGACGGUGUGCAGCAGCACUUUGAGUGAACUCGGCCUGCAGCUGGUCAUCGACCUGUUCGCUCUCAAGGAUUCUUCCUAUUGGCUCGUUCGGACCGAACUCUUAGAAACUCUGGCUGAGUUGGACUUCCGAUUAGUUAAUUUCUUGGAAAGGAAAAAUGAGGCGUUGCACAAAGGUGAUCAUCACUACACCAGGUGUCUCCGACUGCAAGACAGAGUCCUGCAUGAUGUUGUGAUACAUCUGUUGGGAGAUGACGAUCCCAGAGUGAGACAUGUGGCUGCAUCUGCUGUCAGCAGAUUGGUUCCCAGGUUGUUCUAUGACUGCGAUCAGGGCCAGGUGGACCCGGUGGUGGCGAUCGCCCGGGACCAGAGUUCAGUCUACCUGCAGCUGCUCAUGCACGAGACGCAGCCGCCCUCCCAGUUCACAGUUAGCACAAUCACGAGGAUGUACCGCGGCUACAACUUCUCCACCGCUGUGUCUGACGUGACCCUGGAGAACAACCUGUCCAGAGUCGUAACUGCCGUCUCCCACGCUUUCACCUCAUCUACCUCCAGAGCGCUGACAUUUGGCUGCUGUGAGGCUCUGUGUCUCCUGGCUACAAACUUUCCAGUGGGCACUUGGAGCACAGGCUGGCACUGUGGUUACGUGAGCUCCAGCAGCAGCUUUUCCUCCCGGUCUAGUCUGAACCGCAGCAGAGGCCGAACGCUCAGUUUGUCACAGAACCCCACUGCUCCAGCAUCAUCGGGCACCUCGUCGGCUGCAGACGCCGAGCGGAAGACUCUCACGGUGGGGAUGGCCAACAUGGUGCUGUCUCUGCUCUCCUCCGCCUGGUUUCCACUCGAUCUUUCUUCACAUCAGGAUGCCCUUCUGCUUUCUGGCAACCUGCUUGCUGCUGUCGCUCCUACAUGCAUGCGCAACCCUUGGGCCGGAGAGGAGGAGACCAGCAGCGGGAACGCCACCACAGGCCAAAGCAAGAUGGAGGAACCCUGGGCCGCUCUGGCCGAACGCUCCCUGGUGGGCAUGGUGGAGCAGCUCUUUUCCCAUCUGCUCAAGGUCCUCAACAUCUGUGCUCACGUGUUGGACGACACUCCGCCAGGACCAGCAGUGAAGGCCGCUCUUCCGUCUUUGAGCAACACUCCGUCCCUCAGCCCAAUCCGCAGGAAAGGCAAAGACAAGGACGCCGCGGAGCCGGGCGCCGCCCCCAUGAGCCCGAAAAAGAGCAAUGAGCUCAACACGGGCAGGCCGAGCGACGGCACCGGAUCAGCGGCCGUAAACAAAUCGACCACCCUGGGAAGUUUUUACCACCUUCCGCCCUACCUGAAGCUCUACGAUGUGCUCAAGGCCACGCACGCCAAUUACAAGGUGACACUGGACCUCCACAGCCAGCAGGAGAAGUUUGGGAGUUUCCUGCGGUCCACUUUAGAUGUCCUGUCUCAGCUGCUGGAGCUGGCAACACUACAUGACAUUAGCAAGUGUGUGGAGGAAAUCUUGGGCUACCUCAAGUCCUGCUUCUCCAGAGAACCUACAAUGGCAACAGUUUGUGUACAGCAGCUGUUGAAAACCCUGUUUGGGACGAACCUGGCCUCUCAGUGCGAGGGCGUCCUGAGUGGGCCCAGCCGCUCCCAGGGCAAGGCGCUCCGCCUCGGCUCCUCCAGCCUGCGACCGGGACUCUACCACUACUGCUUCAUGGCGCCGUACACACACUUCACCCAGGCUCUGGCCGACGCCAGCCUCCGCAACAUGGUGCAGGCGGAGCAGGACCAGGACACGUCUGGUUGGUUCGACGUGAUGCAGAAAGCUUCGACUCAGCUGAGGUCCAACAUCGCCAAUGCCACGCGCCACAGAGGAGACAAGAAUGCCAUUCACAACCACAUCCGGCUGUUUGAGCCUCUGGUGAUCAAAGCUUUGAAGCAGUACACCACCAGCACCUCUGUGGCCCUGCAGCGCCAGGUGCUGGACCUGCUGGCACAGCUGGUGCAGCUCCGAGUCAACUACUGCCUGCUCGACUCGGAUCAGGUGUUCAUAGGCUUUGUCCUGAAGCAGUUUGAGUACAUUGAAGUGGGGCAAUUCAGAGACUCCGAGGCGAUCAUUCCCAACAUCUUUUUCUUCCUGGUCCUGUUGUCGUACGAGCGAUACCACUCCAAGCAGAUCAUCAGCAUCCCAAAGAUCAUCCAGCUCUGUGACGGCAUCAUGGCCAGCGGCAGGAAAGCUGUCACACACGCCAUCCCUGCCCUGCAGCCAAUAGUUCACGACCUGUUCGUGUUGAGGGGCUCCAACAAAGCCGACGCAGGCAAAGAGCUGGACACGCAGAAGGAGGUGGUGGUCUCCAUGCUCCUCAGACUGGUCCAGCACCACCAGGUGCUGGAGAUGUUCAUCCUCGUUCUGCAGCAGUGUCACAAAGAAAACGAAGACAAGUGGAAGAGGCUGUCCAGACAGAUCGCAGACGUCAUACUCCCUAUGAUCGCUAAGCAGCAGAUGCAUCUGGACUCUCCGGAGGCGUUAGGAGUGUUGAACACACUGUUCGAGUCUGUGGCUCCUUCCUCUCUCCGACCUGUUGACAUGCUGCUCAAGAGUAUGUUCACCAUCCCCGCCACAAUGGCGUCUGUGGCGACCGUCCAGCUGUGGGUGUCGGGAAUCCUGGCCGUACUCCGGGUGCUCGUCUCCCAGUCCACCGAGGACAUCGUCCUGUCUCGGAUCCACGAGCUGUCUCUGUCCCCUCACCUCCUCUCCUGCCACACCAUCCGCCACCUGCACCAGCAGAGCCCGUCCUCCAGCGGCCUUCCCCCUGCGGACACGCUGGGAAACCAGGAAUCCAACGGGGAAGCACAGAAGGCUCCGCCUGAGGAAACCUUCGCCCGGUUCCUGCUGCAGCUGGUCGGGGUGUUGCUGGACGACAUUUCCACCCGGCAGGUGAAAGUGGACAUCACUGAGCAGCAGCACACCUUCUACUGCCAGCAGCUGGGCACGCUGCUCAUGUGUCUGAUACACGUCUUCAAAAGUGGAAUGUUCCGCAGGAUCACGGCUGCAGCCAGCCGGGUCCUGAAGGGCGAAGGUGGACAGACCGGUGCCGAGGCCAGCCUCUUCUACCCGUUAGAAGGCCUGAACAACAUGGUGCAGAGCCUCAUCACCACCCACCCCUCCCUGGUGCUGCUGUGGUGUCAGGUCCUCCUCAUCAUCAACUACACCAACUACUCCUGGUGGACGGAGGUUCACCAGACGCCCCGAAGACACAGCCUCUCAUGUACGAAGUUGCUGAGCCCUCAUUCGUCGGGAGAAGGAGAAGAGGACAAGCCCGAGUCGCGCUUGGCGAUGGUCAACAGAGAGAUCGUACGCCGGGGGGCUCUGAUCCUCUUCUGCGACUAUGUGUGUCAGAACCUCCACGACUCCGAGCAUCUCACCUGGCUGAUCGUCAACCACGUGCGCGACCUGAUCAGCCUUUCCCAUGAGCCUCCGGUGCAGGACUUCAUCAGCGCCGUCCACCGCAACUCGGCCGCCAGCGGCCUCUUCAUCCAGGCCAUCCAGUCCCGCUGCGACAACCUGACCACCCCCACCAUGCUGAAGAAGACUCUGCAGUGCUUGGAAGGGAUUCACCUCAGCCAGUCUGGCUCGCUGCUCAUGCUUUAUGUGGACAAACUGCUCAAUACUCCCUUCAGAGUUUUGGCCCGCAUGGUGGACACGCUGGCAUGUCGCAGGGUGGAGAUGCUGCUCGCCGAGACGCUGCAGAACAGCAUAGCUCAGCUGCCAGUGGAGGAACUGGACCGGAUCCAAGAAUACCUCCAGACCAGUGGCUUGGCUCAGAGACAUCAGAGGUUUUACUCCCUGCUGGACAGGUUCAGAGCCACGGUCGCCGACACUAACAGCCCCUCCCCUCCCGUGACCUCUCACCCCCUGGACGGGGAGCCGCCCCCUGCCCCCGAACUGGUCAUUGCAGACAAGGAGUGGUACGUUGCUCUGGUGAAGUCUCAGUGUUGUCUCCGUGGAGAUGUUUCCUUGUUGGAGACAACGGAGCUUCUUACCAAACUGCCUCCUGCAGAUCUCCUCAGCAUCAUGAGCUGCAAGGAUUUCAAUCUCAGCCUGUUGUGCCCGUGCCUGAGUAUGGGAGUGCAGCGGUUAGCACGGGGUCAAGGGUCACUUUUGUUAGAGACAGCCUUGCAGGUGACCCUGGAGCAACUGGAGGGGGUCACCGGGUCUCUUCCCGCCCCUCACCAGUCCUUCCUGCCUCCGGCCCAGACAGAGCCGUACUGGGACAAACUGGGAGACGUCUACGACGAGCCGGGGUUCUACCCCAGGGUCCUGUCGCUCUGCAGAGCGCUCUCCCAGUAUCUGCUGAGUGUGAGCCAGCUGCCGUCUUCGCUGCGUAUCCCCGCUGACAAGGAACACCUCAUCACCUCGUUCACCGUCACCGCCACCGAGGUGGUGGUGUGGCGUCUGCUCCAGGACCGCCUGCCCCUCAGCGUGGACCUGCAGUGGGCCCUGUCCUGUCUGUGUCUGGCUCUGCAGCAGCCGUGCGUCUGGAACAAGCUCUCCACCCCGGAGUACAGCACACACACCUGCUCGCUCGUCUACUGCCUCAGUCUCAUUAUUGCUGCAGUGGCUGUGAGUCCCGGCGACCAGCUGCUGUAUCCAGAGAAGAAGAAGACUAAAGGAGACCCCGAAGAAGACCAGGUGGACUCGGCUCGUGCCGAUCACAUGUGUGAGUGGCAGGCGUGUGAGAUCAUGGCGGAGCUGGUGGAAGGCCUGCAGAGCGUCCUCUCCCUGGGUCAUCAUAGAAACACAGAAUUUCCCGCUUUCCUCACACCGAUGUUGCGGAACAUCGUUAUAAGUCUGUCCCGCCUGCCUUUGGUCAACAGCUACACCCGAGUCCCUCCACUGGUUUGGAAACUGGGCUGGUCCCCUCAGCCAGGAGGAGAGUUCGGUACAACGUUGCCAGAGAUCCCUGUGGACUUCUUGCAGGAAAAGGACGUCUUCAGAGAGUUUCUCUAUCGCAUCAACACACUAGGUUGGAGCAGCAGGACUCAGUUUGAGGAGACGUGGGCCACCCUGCUGGGGGUGCUGGUCACCCAACCCAUCACGAUGGACCAGGAGGAGGAGACGCAGCAGGAGGAGGACCUGGAGCGGACCCAGCUGAAUGUGCUGGCCGUGCAGGCCAUCACCAGCCUGGUGUUGAGUGCCAUGACCCUUCCCACCGCCGGGAACCCUGCAGUCAGCUGUCUGGAACAGCAGCCCCGCAACAAGAGCCUUAAAGCCCUGGAGACGCGGUUUGGGAGGAAGCUUGCUGUGAUAAGGGGAGAGGUGGAGAGGGAGAUCCAGGCUCUCGUGUCGAAGCGAGAUAAUGUCCACACGCAUCACCCGUACCACGCCUGGGACCCCGUUCCUUCUCUGUCGGCCGCCUCUGCAGCCGGUACACUGAUCAGUCACGAGAAGCUGCUGCUUCAGAUCAACACAGAGAGGGAGAUGGGAAACAUGGAUUACAAGCUGGGGCAGGUCUCCAUCCAUUCAGUGUGGCUGGGUAACAACAUCACUCCUCUGAGGGAGGAAGAGUGGGGUGAGGAUGAGGAGGAUGAGGCGGACACCCCAGCGCCCACCUCUCCCCCAGUCUCCCCCAUUAACUCGAGGAAGCACCGUGCAGGAGUGGACAUUCACUCGUGUUCCCAGUUCCUGCUGGAGCUCUACAGCCAGUGGCUGAUUCCGGGCUCCCCGAGUCACAGGCGAACCCCGACCAUCCUCAUCAGUGAAGUCGUCCGAUCGCUGCUGGCGGUGUCGGACCUGUUCACCGAGCGGAACCAGUUCGACAUGAUGUUCUCCACCCUGAUGGAGCUGCAGAAACUCCACCCUCCCGAAGACGAGAUCCUCAAUCAGUACCUGGUGCCGGCCAUCUGCAAGGCCGCCGCCGUGCUGGGGAUGGACAAAGCGAUCGCCGAGCCGGUGUGCCGCCUGCUGGAGACCACGCUGCGCAGCACCCACCUCCCCAGCCGCAUGGGGGCGCUGCACGGCGUGCUCUACGUGCUGGAGUGCGACCUGCUGGACGACACGGCCAAGCAGCUGAUCCCCACCGUGUCCGAGUACCUCCUGUCCAACCUGAGAGCGAUCGCUCACUGUGUGAACCUGCAUAACCAGCAGCAUGUGUUGGUGAUGUGUGCUGUGGCGUUCUACAUGAUGGAGAACUACCCUCUGGACGUGGGAGCUGAGUUUAUGGCCGGGAUCAUUCAGUUGUGUGGGGUGAUGGUGUCGGCCAGCGAGGACUGCACCCCGUCGGUCAUUUACCACUGCGUGCUCCGCGGCCUGGAGCGCCUCCUGCUGUCGGAGCAGCUGUCCCGCGUGGACGGCGAGGCGCUGGUCAAGCUCAGCGUGGACCGAGUCAACAUGCCGUCGCCGCACAGAGCCAUGGCCGCCCUCGGCCUCAUGCUCACCUGCAUGUACACCGGCAAGGAGAAAGCCAGCCCCGCCGGCCGCCCUGCCCACCCCGACCCUCAGGCCCCCGACAGCGAGUCCAUCAUCGUGGCCAUGGAGAGGGUCUCGGUGCUCUUCGACAGGAUCAGGAAGGGUUUACCCAGCGAGGCAAGAGUCGUCUCCAGGAUCCUGCCCCAGUUUCUGGACGACUUCUUCCCACCACAGGAUGUCAUGAACAAGGUUAUCGGAGAGUUCCUGUCCAAUCAGCAGCCGUACCCUCAGUUCAUGGCCACGGUGGUCUACAAGGUCUUCCAGACUCUUCACGCCACCGGCCAGUCUUCGAUGGUGCGAGACUGGGUGUUGCUGUCUUUGUCCAACUUCACCCAGAGGACUCCGGUGGCCAUGGCCAUGUGGAGCCUGUCCUGCUUCUUCGUCUCUGCCUCCACGUCCCAGUGGAUCUCGGCCCUCCUGCCGCACGUCAUCAGCCGGAUGGGCUCCAGCGAGGUGGUGGACGUCAACCUCUUCUGCCUGGUGGCCAUGGAUUUCUACCGGCACCAGAUCGACGAGGAGCUGGACCGCCGGGCCUUCCAGUCCGUCUUCGAGACGGUGGCGUCGCCGGGCAGCCCGUACCACCAGCUGCUGGGCUGCCUGCAGUCCAUCCACCAGGACACGUCGCUCUGAGGCCACGUCUCCACCCUCACCUCCCCGACCGGAAAAUAAAAAGAAACCCGAGUGUAGCCUCUUCCCCUCCCCCCCUCCUCAGCGAGUCGAGCUGCUGAACCGGUCACGGUGUCGCGCGAGCAGAAGAUGAAGAAGCUUCAGACCUCCACCUCCUCCCCACCCAGCACCUUUUUAUCAGAACUCAAGAAGAAAAAAAACCGUCAACGGAAACACAAAAUUGGAUUUAUUUUCCUGUGAGGACUUGCUUGAGUAUCGUGACGUCGGUAAAGUGAAAAUAGAAAAAAAAAAAGCAAAGUAUUUACUAUAUUUAAAAGUUUCAAGUCAUCUAUUUUUCAGUGAGUUUUGUUGGAGCGCGUAAGCUCCGCUUAGGAAGCUGACAAUGGGCCGACACACGCCUGCUAAAUGUUGUCCAUAGUAUAUUUCAAGAAGUUUUUAUAUUUAAGUUACUCGUGCUCAUUCUGAUACACAACAGUGCGAAAAAUGAAUAAUUUAUGUGUAAGAAUGAUCGCUCAUAGUGAGGUUUCUUUCCCUUUUUUUUGUUUUUUUUGAUGAGAAGCAGGGGAUCGGUGUUGCACUUGUUAGUUUGCUGAAAUUAUUAUAGAUGUUAUAUUGAUAAGACAAAGAACUUAACCCAUGCUGGUCAGUAUUAUAAAAAAAAAUUAAAAAAAAAAAUCUCACUUUUCCAAAAUCACACACAGUUUUAACCCUUGGAGAGCCCAUUAAUCUCCACAUUAAUAACACUGUCAAACAGGAAAGAUACCAAAAUUGCUGCGAUGUUUUUUUUUUUUUUUUUCUUUCAGCGGUAGCCUAAGGGGACGAGCGUCCCUCGUUUGAUUUUAUAUUACUUCCAUCAGUCUCGCUUUCUUUCUUUUUUAAGUUGCAGUCUCGUCUGCUCCAGAGCGCACCUGGACGAUUCCACCUGUAUGUUUCUUGUACUUUUUUUUUUUUUUUUCUUUGUAAUUCUCAGGAUGUAAGAUGUGACCAUGAUAUCGUAGUUGUAAUUUACAGUCCUUGGUACCUUGUAAAAAAAAACAGUCAUUGUAUAGCAACAUGAAAGCCAUGGUGCAUGAAUUAUAUAAAGGCGAGAGGGCUCAGAGAGAAAGCGACACAUCAGAGACUCGGCAGGCGGCAGAAUGCAGAAAGCUCCAAGCUUCCAGAGUUUUACUAAAGACUGCGCGUCCCGGCGGGGCGCUGGGGUUCGUUACUCUGUACAUACACUUGCCUUAGAGAAAAGACUGAACACGUAUGUCCUGUACACUGAACGCUUGAAAGCAUGUUUAACAUUACCGCUUCUUUUUUUUCCCUUUUCUUUUUCUUGCGUCGUCUUUAACGCUGUUUCCAUGGAUACGUUUGCCAUGACUGUUGUGUGAGAGAGAUGCAACACAAUCCAAAGGGAGCCUUUGUAACCUUAGCGACCAACAGCCAGCAUUGACAAAUCAACAGACGGGGACGUGCAGCGUGGCGGGGCCGCGGCGCAGCGGCCGGUUUUAUCUGUGUUUGUUGAGCUUUAAUUAGUUUCAGUGGAGAAACGGUCAAUAUUUCAUCCUCUCUGUGCAGAAUACUGAACACAUGCAGCACUUAAAAACUUGAAGUUCUUGAUGUCGACGUUAGGCGCUUUCUUGAUAUGCAACGAGUCCUGCGGAAAUGAACACCACGGCAGGUUGUAUGCUAACUAUGUUACCACUUUCCAACCUUCGAGGCAAACGACUGGUUUCCUUUCAUGUUGAAAUAAUGUGUCCACCCAACAGAAACCGCUGGAGUCCCCACCGGAGCAGAUUAAAGAAGCCCGAGCGAGGCUCGUUUUCAGACUCAUUUUUAAUUUGUGGGGAAGUGAAGUGACAGAAAGCCUCCCUCCUCCAUGCACUACUUAAGAAUGAAAUAUUUCUUAAAGAGUAGAGAAAUGUCUUUCCAGCUUGGUGUCUUCUCCUGGUGGAAGAGGAGCAGGGAACCCCCUGCAGGGGGGGUAAUACGAUUAGCCAGAAAUCUUUUGUGGUUUUGGGAGAAGGGCGUGUGUACAAAGGUCAUGCUCAAUCGAUUUAACACGCUCGCUUCGGGAAGAAUGAACUCCGAGGAGUAACUUUAGGGCCACGUUUUGUCUGCUGAGUACAUUACACGGCUCCUGAUGUCCACUUUGUGCUGAGCAUGAUUGAGCUUUACUUUAAAAGUCGUCCUUUCUAG